AUGAACGAAACCCAAAAACAAUCACUAUGCCCCCGACUAAUAGACUAUUUGGCCAUUGUUGGCUCAAGAAGUGGGCCAAGAACGGUGUCACGUGGGAGCAGGACUUUGGCUGGACAUCUUAUGCAGCAACCUGAAUUGUUGAGGAGAUAUCCCCUGCAAGAUCAUGAGGACUUUCCUUUGCCUUUGGAUAUGGUUUAUUUUUGUCAGCCCGAAGGAUGUGUUUCUAUGCCUUCGAAAAGGAAUACCAAGUCGGAGAUUACUAGUUUUGUUUUUGCCUUAACUGACAAAGACUCAGGAAAAACACGUUAUGGCGUAUGUGUAAAUUUCUACAGACAAGUAGAACGUGUUAAAACCAGACAACAAUCUACAACUAAUGUAGAAACACAAUCCACAAAUUCCAGUGAACCAGAAAGUCGCAAAACAAGUCCUCGUAACAAUGAAAGAAAAAUAAAAACAACCCGCAUAUCAUCUUUAACCUCUUUGUGCAUCCUCAGUCACCAUCCAUUUUUUUCAAAAUUUCGUGAAAUUUUAUUGCUGUUAAAAAAUCUUAUAGACGCUUGUGAUACUACAUACAUUCCUAGGAGGAGCAGUUAUCGACAAAUUGGCAGGGAAACUGUUUGGACGCUUUUAACAGGCGCAAGACGUUCUGUGGAAACCCAAAAUGCAUCUUCAAUAGUUCUAAAUGACGCUCGUGAAAUUGAGACAUGGAUUUUGAGGCUUUUGUCAGCACCAGUGCCUGUUCCUGGAAUAACUCGUGUCGAAUUGGAGAUUUUAUCACCAGAAACAAACGAACCGUUAAUUUUUGCCUUACCGGAUCACACGCGUUUUACUUUGGUAGACUUUCCUUUACACUUACCUCUGGAACUACUAGGUGUGGACACUUGUCUAAAAGUUUUAUCUCUGAUUCUGUUAGAGCACAAAGUGUUAGUUCAAUCAAGGGACUACAAUGCAUUAUCAAUGUCUGUGAUGAGUUUUGUAUCAAUGAUUUACCCAUUAGAAUAUAUGUUUCCGAUAAUACCUCUUCUGCCGCCUUGUAUGAGCUGUGCAGAACAACUUUUGCUGGUUCCUACACCAUUUAUAAUCGGGAUUCCAGCUUCGUUUCUGCUUUAUAAAAAACAAUUUAGGUUGCCUGAUGAUGUAUGGUUGAUAGAUUUGGAUUCAACAAAAUUGACACCUCCACCAAGGUUUGCUAAUGAUUUGCCUCAAUUACCAGAACCAGAGGCAUCGAUAUUGAAGAAUCAUCUGAAACAAGCUCUCAACAGUAUGACAGUUACAGAUAACUCGCUGUUUAGUAGAGACAAUAUGACUACAUCGACUCCACACAAAUUGAGUGGAAAUGCAAACUCCCAAAAUUUACCAAAUAAACCAAAUGACACAAGCAAUGGACAAGUUAGACACGACAGAGACUUUGAUGACCAAAAAAAUUCUCGGCGAAAUUCAGUAAUGCCUCCUGCACCAGAACACAUGAUAUUUGGAACUGAUGUAGAUUCUGUAGAUAUCAUGACCAGAGUUGCCAUGGUAAAAUUCUUUAAUUCCCCAAAUCUCCUGGCUCAUUUUUCCGAGCACGCAAGAACCCUCAGACUUUACCCUCGUCCAGUGGUUGCUUUCCAAAUAAACAGCUUUCUUCGAUCCAGACCAACCUCAUCACCUUUCCUCGACAAAUUUGCUCGAACCCAAGCCAUAGAAUUUCUGGCAGAAUGGUCCUUGACUCCAAACAAUGUGGCCUUUCAACGUGUACAAACAGGCGUAUGCAACCCUGAACAAAUUGGCGAUAAAGCCAAAUGGUUUUCCCAUGAAUUGGAACCAAUACGGUUUAUUGUUUGGGAUAAUGGAAGUUCUUUGAAUGGUGCUUUGAGGAACGCCGGCAAACAUGACGUGCAACCUGCUGGAAAGUAUUGAUUUAUAGGAGUAAAUUAUGUAGGUGUUUGUGCUUAUGUGGUGAUUUGUAUUGUAGAUGACAGUGGUUCGGAUUCUGAUGGAAUUUAUGCUACGAGUACGAGCACUUCGCUUUCAUCGUCGACUGAUAAUAUUCCUGAAACCACAGAUGGCUUAAGCUUUGAACACGAUGUCUACGGUGCUCACCCUGAAACCGGCCUCAUGACCCUUGGUUCUAACAUCGAUGCUAGUGUCUUAUACACACCACCAAAUACACUACAACUCCCAGAAGGUUCUUCUGCAAUACUAACAUCUAUGUCUGAACCAGGAAUUGGUUCUCAGAGUGAAGCUGAAUCGGCACCAUCAUCAAAUUCCAGUCGUUCUGAUUUAAGUUCGCCCAGUUUAAAAUGGAAUUCCAGUAUGGAUAUGCCAACGCAGGUGGACCAGGAACCAGAAAAAAGUCCUGUUCUUCAACGCCAAGCAAGUGCUUGUAGCAUGCUUGCAAGAACGAGUAGCCAAAGUGGUUCACCGGCAAGUCCUGGUAUACAAAAACAAAUAUGUGCCCCAUGGAAAGGCUCACAAAGUUCCCUCAUCGAGCAAUUUGCAAGCCAAGCCAAAGUUCUGGUACGCGAAACAACAAGGCAGAGCAGUCAGGAUGGUAUUUUAGCACAAAUGGACAAGAGUAUGUACAUAAAAGUGGUACGUUUUAGUAAUAUUUAUAUAUAAUAUGUAUUUCAAAUAUCAUUUUAUUUGAUGUAUUUCCAGUUGACCAAUCAAGCAAAAAAAGCUGCAGGUGAUGCCACAAAAAGCGUCCAAGAAGCUUCCAAAAAUGCUUUAGAGGCAUCAAAAACAGUAGCUGGUGUCAGUAAACACACUCUAGAUGAUUUGACGUACGUCGGAAAGGCUACUAUUGGUGAUAUUACCAAAAGUGCUAAAGAAGCUGCUUUGAGAAAAGGCUUGAAAACGUCAUAUGCAUUGUUUUUGCAGCAACCUCUUAAAACCAAAGCUGGCAUAUUUUCAACAAGCGUGAUGCAAUCUGGGGUAGUUGAUGUACAAAGUAAGGACUUUUUCUCGCAUUUUAGCAGCGAUUUUAAUGAUAUAGCAGCGUCGACUUCUAAUAUGCUGUCUGAUUUAUUCAAUAAUAAAGGUAAACAAAAGAAGCAAGCUGACCAACAAGCUCUAAAAGAACAAGGUGAGCACCAUCAGCCCUUUGGACCGUUUUCAUCAGGUCGUAGGAGUUUAGUUGAGAAAAGUCCUUUGAUAAAACACACCAAGGCCAAGGCUACUAGUGAUGAAACACGGAAGAGCCAGAAUCAUGAUCGUGCCAAUAUUGACUCGGAGAAUCAAGCUUUUCUUAAAGAUGCAACUACAUCAGUAAUGCAAGGCGAAGGCAUAAGUUGGCUCAAACUAAACCGCAUUAAAAAACUUAUGGAAGACGAAUCAUACCGCAUUUUUGUACUAAACAAUAUCAACAAAACUCUGGACAUGAAAAUUUCACCAGAUGAUCACAUAGACGACGUCUGUAUUCCAAAAUCAGUCUGGAAAGGUAUGCUGAAGUUACUUCUGGCAAUUACCCAUGGUCUGGAAGUGACACAUAAUAAUUUUGGCUUGGGGGGAAUGGCUUCAGCCUUCCAGGUUAUGGAAGUUGCUCAUACUCACUAUUGGAGUAAAGGGAAAAAUGAUGGUGGUGGCAGUGAACUUACACCUCAGCUACAUUCUGCGGCAUCUACUCCUUUUGGCAGUACAGAACACCUAAAGUCACCAGUAAGUCCAAUGGAACAAAAUGUUGCAUGGAGUCAACAAAAUGAGGCAAAUACAGGCAAGUUGGGUUAUAUUGAAAUUUAUUUGGCAUCUGAUAGUCCUCAAGCCAAGCAAAAUGAAAUUACCACAAAAUUAUUUAAAGACAUCAUCAGUCCAAAAAAGAGUUUGCUGUCUGGAGAUCUACUUACGUUUGACUCUGAUGUAAUUGGGAUUCGCCUAGAUUUAGUUUGUCUCCUAAUUAUUCUAACCAGCAAUCAUUUUAAUCUUGGUGGUUUAUUGUUUUUUCGAAUGAAGCAGCAACGUUCAGACAGUUUGGGUUCAAGUAAAUCAUCUUUGGGUUCUGGUUUUCGAUUUAAUGGUUCAAAUUUACUGAAUUCUGGAUCUGGAACUGGAUCCUUACCCUCACCAGAUGGCACCAGGACUUACCUUUAUGAAGGACUUCUUGGAAAAGACAGAUCUUCCCUUUGGGACAACAUGCAAUUUUGGGAAGAUGUAUUUUUGGAUGCUGUCAGUCAGGAGCGAGAUAUGAUUGGAAUGGACCAGGGACCAGGUGAAAUGAUGAAACGAUAUAAAGAACUUAGUGAAACUGAAAGAAAACGUUUAGAACAUGAUGAAGACAGAUUAUUAUCAAAUAUGUUAUAUAAUUUGACAGCAGUUUUGGUUAUGCUAAAUUGCAAUAAGAAUGUCCUGAAGCAAAAGGUGCGUCGGUUACUUGGAAAAAGUCACAUUGGAUUAGUUUACAGUCAAGAAGUCAAUCAACUACUUGAUCGAAUCAAUAAUUUGCAUGGCAAUGAUAUCGAUUUGAAACCACUUGGAUCACGAUUAGUACAUCGACAAAGUUUCACAGUUCAUCAGGGUAUAGAUUCCUCAGGAGAAUUAAUGUUCCUGGAAGUCAGAGACGAUGGUCUCGUCUUCAGAUCAAUUCAAGGUGUAAUUGUGGAAAGAUGGUGGUUCGAACGUCUCAUAAACAUGACAUACAGUCCAAAAACCAAAGUUUUGUGCCUGUGGCAACGGAAUGGAGGUCAAACCCAACUUCAUAAAUAUUAUGCGAAAAAGUGUAAAGCAAUGUACUACAGUAUAAAAUCUGCAAUAGAAAGAAGUGGUGUUUCAGGAGUUAGUGAACUCGGAGGCGAAUUUCCAGUUCAAGAUCUUUCUACAGGAGAAGGAGGUUUGCUCCAAGUUUGCUUGGAUGGAGUUGGACUUCUCUUUGCCUAUAGCAAGGACUUCGAGUUUUUCGUUCGUCUGGAUCACAUUCGAAAAUGCUUCACACAAAAAGGCGGAAUUUUUAUUUUGGAAGAAUUUAAUCCUAAAUCCCAGCAGAUAAUUCAAAGAUCGUACAAAUCUGCAAUGGCUGAUCAAAUAUGUUACGCAGUCCUGUGCGUCUUCUCCUACUCGGCAGCAGGUCAAGACAAAAAGAAAGCCCAAGUGCAAUGCCUUCAGCAGCAGCAGCAAAAAAAGCAAAACAAUAUACCCAUAACCCAAUCACCACCUCAAUACACUCCAGUAAAACCAGUUUUGCAACAACUGGGUCAACAACCCCAACCUCAACCUCAACCCCAACCCCAACCUCAACCCCAACCUCAACCUCCUGCAACCCAGGAUACUCCUCCAAUUCUCUCUGAGGAUAAAGAUAAAGAUUCGAUCGAUAAAGAUGAUCAAAGGUUUACUUCUCCAAGUAAGACGACUAAGCAGCCGGUUCCUCCUGCGAUUCCGCCAAGGGUCAAUGUGCCGAGUGCAACGGCGGUAAAAGGGCCGCCUCCGGCCAUACCGCCGAGGUCGAGUCCUCAGCAGAGAAGGAUGUCUUUGGAAAAUGCUUUGAGGCAAGCUGGGAAUCCUGUUAGGCAAUAUGGACCUUCAACGGCACAAAUAAUACGACAAAGUUCAGUAAGUGGCCCACCGCCCCCAUUUGUAAUACCCCAAAGACUCCCAAGACACAGCUCGUCUUUGGGGUCUGCCCCACCUUCGGUUCAAGAAAAUUUAAGGGUUUCUUCUGGCCCUAGAAAAAAUUGA